AUGUCUAAUUCAAUUAGUCAGGCGUUCAAGGCUUUACAGCUCAACAAGGCCGAGUCAUCUUCAGAACAUGAGAACAUAUUCGAAGUGUCGUAUGAAUAUCUUUCCAAGAUCAAGAACUAUAACGAUGUCAAGGCGUUCCAGAACUGUCUUGUGGCAUUGAUAAAUUUAGAUAAGUAUAACAAAGCAUAUGAGUUGAUCCAGAAGAUCCCUGAAACAUCUGUUGAAGCAGAGUUGGUGUUGGAGAUAGCAUAUGUCCUUUAUAAGGUUGGUAAAUCUGAUCAACUCUUGGACCUCGUCAAUAAACACCAAGAUGCGGUGAGCGAUGGCUAUUACCUGUUUGGGAUCAAGAACAUCUUAGCACAGAACUACUAUAAAAUCGGUAAGUAUCAACAAAGUUUACAAUUGGUUCAAGAAUGUAUACGUGAAUCGGGUGUGGCUGAUAACACGGACUUUGCAGUCAAUGAAAGAGCAGUGAUUUCCCAAAUCAAUUUCCAGCACUCUACAGUAGUUAGUAAUGCUUCCACUGAUUUAGAUAGUCAGAAUUACGAUUUGUUAUUCAACGAGUCGUUAAUAGAGUUGUCUAAGAACAACAAACAGAAGGCUUUGGAAUUGUUGAACAAGGCAGAACAAUUAUGUUUGGAACAAAAUAUGGGUGCUGAUAAAGAAGACUUUUUAAGUGAAUUGCUUCCUAUAAGAUUGAAUAUCAAUUAUAUCAAACAAAGACAAGGAGAUUUGGUAGGUGCCAUUGAAGGCUUAAAUGAAGAAUACAGUAAUAUAGGUUCAAUUAGUGAUGAUUUCUUGAAGUUGAUUCUCAAGCUUAACUUGUACUCCUGUCAACAAGAACAGCAAGCUGGAGCUGGGAAAAAAUUUCAAGAAUCAAAUCUUGUGUUCCGUGAUUUACAAUUACAACAAGUGUUGAAUAAAAUGAACCAAAAAUUAACCAAAUUCCAGUAUCAUGUUCUUAUGAAGAACAACCUUUUGGCCAAAUAUUUAGAUGGAACUUUGGGGUCCACCUUAACUUCGUCAAGUUUCAUCAAAGCAUAUUUGGAAAGCUUCCCUGAAGAUUUGACUGCCAUGGUUUACGGACUUUUAAGUGAAUUGAAUAUUACUGCAACUGAUUUACAAGAUAAAUCCAAACGCUUUGAGCUCAAAAGGAAGCUUCAAGCUGCAGCGGCAACAGCAGCAGACACAAAGAAACAAUUUGCUUUAUAUAUUCUCAGUGAUUAUAUCUACAAGAACUUAGACACUGAUAGUCCCAGUGGCGCUUGGCCAUCUAAGCAAUUGAGUAAGAUUAUACAACAUGGAUUGGAAGAUGGUGACAGUAAUCAGCUAAUCCCUUCAGUCGUUGGGUGUUACAUGAGUUUAAAGGAAGGUGAUUUAAAUUACGAAGAAAAGGAAAAAAUAGUGCAAUCUUUGAAAGAUAGAAUUAUAACAGCUAAUUCACAAGAGUUAGCAUCUGAUCCCAAUCUUUUAAUGUUAUACAAGGAAUUAGGAUUUCAACUUAUUCAAGGAGUUCAUGCCAGGGGAGAAGGUUCGUCCUCUACUACCAUUGAAUAUGGGAAGCAAAUUCUUGAAGCGUUGGCUAAAGCUAUUCCUGGAGAUAAGUUUAUUUCAGCCUUUAAUUCCAAUGAUGUUUCCCAGUUAAUCGAUGUUGACCAAUUACAAGCCAAUGAAACCAUUGAAGAAUUGGUAGAGGAAGGUAUGCAAGGUUUCCAAAAGUAUAUCAUCCAACGGAAGUCACCCAUUCACAAGUUAAGAUCAAGAAAGAGAAAGCCAAAGUUUUCAGCAAAUAAGAUCAUCAAGUCACCAGAAGAUUUAACUUUAGACCCCGAAAGAUGGUUACCUAUGAAGGUAAGAUCUUACUACAAGCCCACCAAGAAAGACAGACUCAAAGCAUCGCAUCAAGGUGCAGUUGAGAGACAGUUAACUCCAGCACCUCUUGAGUCUACAACCACCAACACCAACACCAACACCAGUUCCAGUUCCAGUUCUAACAAGAACAAAAAGAAAAAGAAGAAGGGUAAGAAGUAG